AUGGAGAAACCCCAAGAAUGUUAUCUCACUGCAGUUAAGAGGGUGUUGAGAUACAUAAAAGUUACAAUUAAUCAUGGUGUUAUGAUGCCCAAGCAGAAUAAGACCAACACAUAUGCAAAAGUAUAUGGCUACACUAAUUCAAAUUUCAGUGAAGAUCACGACGAAAAGAAGAGUAUUGCAGGCUACAUAUUCAUGAUCGAAGGCGCUCCAAGAUCAUGGAGCUCAAGGAAGCAAAUAGUUGUGGAUUUUUCAUCAUGUAAAUCUAAGUACAUGGCUACAUCAUAUGUAGCAUGUCAAGCAUCAUGGAUAGAGAUGUUGCUCGAAGAGCUCAAGAUAAUGAAACCUAAGAAAAUGAAGUUGUUUGUGGACAACAAGUCAGUUGUUAAACUAUGA